CUGGCUGCCGUGCACGCUUGCUCGCGAGGCUGCCGGAUGGGGAGACACUCGCGCAAAGAGACGGACUCGGACACGGACUCGGACACAGAGAGACGCAGCACGGCCGGUCCUCAGCGACAUCCGAGGCGGCGCUGAGUGACGACGACGCCCGCCGGAACAUGUCGAGUCGUCGGCGUAUCUUUUAGCCACAAACGCCCGCCCUCACCAUCGCCUCGCCCGGCGAAAGUGACAUCGAUCACCGCCCCCUCGGAAGCCAGGAAGGUCGGAUGGAAGACGGCUAGAGAUCUCGGUGUCACCGCCGUGGAUCGUCCGCGUCCUUCUUCUUUUUAUCGGUCACAAUAACAUCCAACUUUUGGGGCUCUUUCCAGCGUAUCGUGGUGCGCCACGACUCGGACUAACCAAGCGGCUGCCUCGGAGGCCAUCUCUGCCAUGGAAGCAGGGGAGCCUCUGAGGACCACUUUUGUCCUUUUUUGCCGAUUUUAAGUCCCAAUUUGGAUCCAAAUGCCUCUGUAGCGCUGCUAUUUCGGGCAGGUUUGCGUGCGCCGUGCGUCACGCUGCCACCAAUAAACGGAAAGACUCCGAAGCGGGCGUGCGUGUGCUAAUCUUCGGCUACAAGGAGAAGGAAGGUAAGGGUGGUGGUCGUCGGGGAGCACGGAGGGCGACGAGGGGCCGCUCGAAGCUUCUUUUUGUUCUUUCCCCGAGCAAUAUGGCUGGUGAGUGGGGCUGGGGACGCUGGCACAGGCUCUCCAAGGCUCCUCCAUGCUAGCCGAGGCGGAUGGCACCGUCCCCCAUGGCAGCGACAGCUCUAUGAGGACAAGCAAUAGCAACCCUCACCCCAAAGCGGACUCCUCGAUCCUCAUCUCCAAGAUGGAAGACGUCGUCAUUCCCUUCUCGUCCGAGGUGCCCUGCGACAAUAAUGGGCAGCGCAUGUGGUGGGCAUUCCUCGCCUCCUCCAUGGUGACCUUCUUCGGGGGGCUCUUCAUCAUCCUGCUGUGGAGGACCCUCAAGUACCUGUGGACUGUUUGCUGCCACUGCAACAUUAAAAACAAGGAGGCUCAAAAAGUGAACAACCCUGCCAACAACCAGGCAGCGGACAGACCAAAGGGUCCUGAUGAAAAGGAGGAGGCGCCGGCCAGCGAGGUGGGGUGGAUGACUUCGGUCAAAGACUGGGCCGGCGUCAUGAUCUCGGCUCAGACGCUCACCGGCCGAGUGCUGGUGGUGUUAGUAUUUGCACUCAGCAUCGGAGCGCUUGGAAUAUACUUUAUAGACUCCUCAGACCCGAUAGAAUCCUGCCAGAACUUCUACAAAGACUUCACGUUACAGAUCGACAUGGCCUUCAAUGUCUUCUUCCUGCUUUAUUUCGGUCUGCGGUUCAUAGCCGCCAACGACAAGCUGUGGUUCUGGCUGGAGGUCAACUCGGUGGUGGACUUCUUCACCGUCCCGCCCGUCUUUGUGUCCGUCUACCUGAACAGAAGCUGGCUGGGCUUGAGAUUCCUCCGAGCGCUGAGAUUGAUACAGUUCUCGGAAAUCUUGCAGUUUUUGAAUAUCUUGAAAACAAGCAAUUCCAUCAAGCUGGUGAACCUGUGUUCCAUCUUCAUCAGCACAUGGCUCACCGCCGCCGGAUUCAUACAUUUGGUGGAAAACUCAGGGGAUCCUUGGGAAAACUUCCAAAACUCCCAGUCGCUUUCCUACUGGGAAUGCGUGUACUUGCUGAUGGUGACCAUGUCCACGGUGGGCUACGGGGACGUCUAUGCAAAAACCACCUUGGGCCGCCUCUUCAUGGUCUUCUUCAUCCUCGGUGGUUUGGCCAUGUUUGCCAGCUACGUCCCUGAAAUCAUAGAGUUAAUAGGAAACCGCAAGAAAUACGGUGGUUCCUAUAGUGCGGUUAAUGGGAGAAAGCAUAUUGUGGUCUGUGGUCAUAUUACCCUCGAAAGUGUCUCCAACUUCCUCAAAGACUUCCUACACAAGGACAGGGAUGAUGUCAAUGUAGAAAUUGUUUUUCUCCAUAAUAUUUCCCCUAAUCUUGAGCUGGAAGCCUUGUUCAAACGCCAUUUCACACAAGUCGAGUUCUACCAGGGAUCCGUGCUCAACCCUCACGACCUGGCCCGAGUCAAGAUCGAGUCAGCAGAUGCUUGCCUCAUCCUGGCCAAUAAAUACUGUGCAGAUCCCGAUGCUGAAGACGCCUCCAACAUCAUGAGGGUCAUCUCCAUCAAGAACUACCAUCCCAAGAUCAGGAUAAUAACGCAGAUGCUUCAGUAUCACAAUAAGGCCCAUCUGCUGAACAUUCCAAGCUGGAACUGGAAGGAGGGCGACGACGCCAUCUGUCUGGCCGAGCUGAAGGCGGGCUUCAUCGCCCAGAGCUGCCUGGCCCAGGGCCUGUCCACCAUGCUGGCCAACCUCUUCUCCAUGAGGUCCUUCAUUGAGAUCGAGGAGGACACCUGGCAGAAGUAUUACCUUGAAGGAGUGGCUAAUGAGAUGUACACAGAGUAUUUGUCCAGUGCCUUUGUGGGCCUCUCCUUCCCCACCGUGUGCGAGCUGUGUUAUGUCAAGCUGAAGCUGUUGCUCAUUGCCAUCGAGUACAAGUCCGAGCAAAGAGAGAGCAGAAGCCGAAAGCGCAUCCUCAUCAACCCGGGCAACCACGUCAAGAUGCAGGAAGGGACGCUGGGAUUUUUUAUCGCCAGCGACGCCAAGGAAGUGAAGAGAGCUUUUUUCUACUGCAAAGCUUGUCACGACGACAUCACCGACCCCAAGCGGAUCAAGAAGUGCGGCUGCAAACGACCCAAGAUGUCCGUCUACAAACGAAUGAAACUGGCAUGUUGUUUUGAUUGCGGCCGUUCAGAGCGAGACUGCUCUUGCAUGUCAGGCAGUGUACAUAGUAACAUGGACACCCUUCAGAGGGCCUACCCACUUUCCUCUGUCUCUGUUCAUGAUUGCGCAACCACUUUACGUGCCUCCAAAUAUAAAUAUAACGGAUAUGUCAGAUCACCAGCAGAUGGCGCUACAACACCAGGGAACAGUGGAAGCCAGAAAGAGACUGGUGUUCGAUUCAAAGCCGAUUGCAAUUUAGUAAUGGAUGACGUUAGACCGUCUUUUCAAAACCGCUCCGUUAAAACCACCAGAUGCACCUCCAUCACCUCAAACGCUUGCUCGCCCAACGCCCUGCAAAGCAACCAGGAGGCCCCGCUUAAGCCCGGCGCCAUCAACAUCCCCCUCGUUAAUAACCGUAAAGGAAGCCUGCUUCCCACGGGGCCGGGGCCGGGUCCUGCGGCUCGCCAUUCCAAACUGCGCCUCAGUAUCUCGGUCCCAGAAGACGCCAGAUCCUUGGCUGAGAGCCGGCUGCACCGGGCCCGCAGUCUGCCGGUGAAAUACCGCUACCACCCCAGUAAUGCCAUGCUGCACGGUCAAAGCAGCCGCUUCGAAGACGAGCAUCCGUCCACGCUCUCGCCCAAAAAAAAGCAGCGCAACGGAGGGAUGCGGAACUCGCCCAACUGCUCGCCCAAAAUGAUGAGUAGACACGACCCCCUUCUAAUACCUGGUAAUGAACAAAUCGAAAACAUGGACAUGAAUGUGAAGAGGUAUGACUCUACUGGAAUGUUUCACUGGUGCCCGUCAAAAGACAUCGAAAAAGUUAUCCUGACGCGGAGUGAAGCCUCCAUGACGGUGCUGAGCGGCCAUGUGGUGGUCUGUAUAUUUGGGGAUGUCACGUCCGCUUUAGUGGGGCUGCGAAACUUGGUGAUGCCUUUAAGAGCCAGCAACUUCCACUUUCAUGAACUCAAGCCCAUUGUUUUCGUGGGCUCGCUGGACUAUUUGCGGCGGGAAUGGGAGACGCUACACAACUUUCCCAAGGUCUCCAUCUUACCCGGUACACCAUUAAGUCGGGCAGAUUUAAGGGCUGUCAACAUCAACCUCUGCGACAUGUGCGUAAUACUGUCAGCCAAUCAGAACAAUAUCGAGGAUGCCUCACUGCAGGAUAAGGAAUGCAUCUUGGCAUCGCUCAACAUCAAGUCUAUGCAGUUUGAUGACAGCAUCGGAGUCUUGCAGGCAAAUUCCCAAGGUUUCACGCCUCCUGGAAUGGACAGGUCAUCUCCAGACAGCAGUCCAGUACAUGGCUUCGUGCGCCAGGCUUCCGUCACCACCGGAUCCAACAUCCCCAUCAUCACGGAAUUAGACAAACCGGGCAAACCGCCGCCAUCGGUUUCACUCAGUCAGGAAAAAAAAAGCGGGACCAACAUACAAAUGAUAACCGAGCUGGUAAACGACUCCAAUGUUCAGUUCCUGGACCAAGACGACGACGACGACCCGGACACGGAGCUGUACCUCACGCAGCCCUUCGCCUGUGGCACCGCCUUCGCCGUCAGCGUCCUUGACUCCCUGAUGAGCGCCACGUACUUCAACGACAACAUCCUCACCCUGAUCCGGACGCUGGUGACGGGAGGCGCCACGCCGGAGCUGGAGGCUCUGCUGGCCGAGGAGAACGCCCUGCGAGGAGGCUACAGCACGCCGCAAACGCUGGCCAACAGAGACAGGUGUCGCGUGGCCCAGCUGGCCCUCUAUGACGGACCCUUCGCCGACUUGGGGGACGGGGGCUGCUACGGGGAUUUGUUCUGUAAGGCCCUGAAGACGUACAACAUGCUGUGCUUUGGGAUCUACAGAUUGAGGGACGCCCAUCUCAGUACGCCAAGUCCGUGUACUAAACGAUACGUGAUCACCAACCCGCCGUACGAGUUCGAGCUGGUGCCCACGGACUUGAUCUUCUGCCUCAUGCAGUUCGACCACAACGCGGGCCAGUCCCGGACCAGCUUGUCCCACUCGUCCCACUCCUCUCAUUCCUCCAGCAAAAAGAGCUCCUCCGUCCACUCCGUCCCGCCCUCCAACCGGCAGAACCGCAGCAGCAAAACCCGGGAAGGCCGGGAAAAGCAGAAUGCAACAAGGAUGAAUAGAAUGGGUCCAGAAAAGAAAUGGUUUACAGAUGAAGCGGACAACGCCUACCCACGGAACAUUCAGAUCAAGCCCAUGAGCACCCACAUGGCCAACCAAGUCAACCAGUACAAAUCCACCAGUAGUCUGAUCCCACCAAUCAGAGAAGUCGAAGAUGAAUGCUGAAGCCUCUUUAUUUUUAUUUUUGUUCCAGUUAUGACGCUGACAUGACUCGGCGCUGUUUUUUUUUUUUUCACGAUCACCGCCGGAGGAUUGAACAGGUCGGGACCGCCUAUGUGUAUACCUUUAAUGUUACUUCCACGCUCUUUGGACAUUGUUUUAUUUAUUGAUGUAUCCACAGAGAUGUACAUAAUGACAAUCAAAUACGCAUUGUACAGCCCCACCCCCCCCUCCUUAGCACUUUUUGGAAUUAUUAUUUUACGAUUGGACAACGAUAAGGAUGAGGAGACGAAAAAAAAAAAACAAGAAGACGAAAGUGAGUACUUCCUGUUAUGCUUUGCAAUAGUUUGUGACCAGACUCCACUGCGGCUACGAGGAGGAUGAGGGUCGCAUCGUCAGGACCCAAAGAUCCUAGCGGACUCUUCCAAGCAGCUGGGCUCGUUUUGUUUCUCCAUCCCGUGUUCUUCUGUUCUAUUUGCACUAAAAACAAGUUUCAGAGCCCAACCAAGGAACUGUGGGAUUGAAGACGAGAACGGGUUCCUAACUGGUUUUGUAAGAUCCGAUCAUCAUUCAUCUACAUCCAUUCAUACAGCGAUCGGCUAGUCUGGCCUUAGCUGGGAAGAUGUUUCGUGCGUGCUCAAACCCAACCGUGUUUGACGGAGCAGCAGCAGAGAUUCGCUAAAAGAAAUGCCACAUAUCGCGUAAAAGCGGGCAUUAAGCGGGUCCUCCUUUAAGCUCAGCAGCCUGCCUGGCGCCGGUUGGCACGGAGGCUUGGAUGUUCUCCGUCGUCAAUCCAGAUGUCAAAAUAAUAAUAAUAAUAAUAAUUCAUCAACAAAGACUCUCAGGAGUCCAGCUGCUGUGAAACGCUUCAAACAAGGUUGGGUGGCGAUGCGACAGUACGAACGCCUGCAGGGUUUCGUUUUGUCCCAGCUAGUGGUUCGCAACGUUCCCUCAGAGGAGACAUCGUAGGACGACGAAAAAUAUUUUUGGGGGAGAAACUUGUUUACUCAUACACCAUCCUGCCAUCAGUCCAUGUUUGAAAAACUCUGGUCCAAAGAUCUUUGCACACGGCUACGACUCUUGCGGAUCACCUAGAUCAGACAUUUUAUGUUUUUUUUAACCAAAUACGGCCUCAAAAAUAUCAAAUCACAACAAGUUCCACCAUUUUUGUACCUCGGCGUACCGUGACGGUUGACGGCUUGUACUCAGUUAUGGACUAUAAGUGACUUCAACAGUUCAUGUUAUUGAUUUCAUUUGAAUUCAUAUUCAGCGGAUCUUGUCCGUGUACGAGUAUUUUUAUACAUAAAUCCCUUAAAUAUCAUAAAUAUCUUGAGAAUCAGGAGCUGGGGAACCAGUUUUCCCAGCCAUGUACAGCCAUGCCGCCAGACAAACGAGAUGGUACGCAUCAGCUUCUUGUCAGGGUUUCCCCAAACUUAAAGUCGCCAUUUGCAAUAGAAACGUCAGAGAAAAAGUUUGUCGUCAUAAGUUUUUGUCCGUUGUUGGUUUAUGUACCGGUUAUGUCGAUGUCCUCGGUUGAACAAGUUUGGGAAACCCGACUCUCUGCGUCCACACAAGAUUGUUUUCUGAACAAGUUUAGCUAGCCAUCUUCAGCCCGGCAGCUCGCCUCCGUCAAAUCGAAGCUUCGCAGGACAAAAUAAGCUAGCACCGACUGCUUGAAAGAGUUCUAUACAUCCAUAGAAAUAUCGCUAUAUACGUAAAUCUAGGAGUAACAGUAGAAGAUGGCUUCCUCCGACCUUAUUAUGCGUUUGACCUAAAUUAGGUCCUGAUGGCGCGAAGACGAAAGAAACGAGCGCACACGAUUGCAAAGUGUGGCUUUUGUGUGUGUGUGUUUUUUUUUAUCAAGAUGUUGAAGUGUCACUCAUCCUGUAGGCGAUAAACAAAAAAAAAAACACGGGAAAAGAACCUGAUAUCGUACUAGAUAUUCACGUGACU